UUUCUUUUACAAAAACAAAGAAAAUGGCUGAAAAAGUCGCUCUUGUUGAACGUUUCCUGACUUGCCACGUUUGUUCAGAGACUUUCAGAGAUCCUGUGUCUCUGAGCUGCAGCCACAGCUUCUGUUCAAGCUGCCUGCAACAAUUCUGGAAACAAGUUAAAAACAAAAACUGUCCCAUUUGUAAAACAAGAUCUUCAAAAGAAUUUCCAGAUAUUAAUUUUACACUGAAGAAACUGGCUGAUUCCUUUGCUGGGAGACAGAAAGCUGAAUCAUCUGGGACAGAAAAGACAGAACAGAAGAUGGAGGUGGUGUGUAGUAAACAUCAAGAAGAGCCUAAAAUGUUCUGUAAGGAUGAAGAUAGAGCUGUGUGUCCUGUCUGUGAGUUUUCUCUUCACGAGAGUCACAAGGUGGUUCCUGUAGAACAAGCAGUCAGUGACCUGAAGGAGCAGCUGAAAUCUGACUUAAAGUCUCUACAGGACAAGAGGAACAAAUACAAACAAGUGGAGGAAACAUACAACUAUGUGAUUCAACACUCCAAGAAGCAGCUGUUGUCCACAGAGAAGCAGAUCAGAGCAGAGUUCAACAAGCUCCACCAGUUCCUGAAAGAGGAAGAGGAGUCCAGACUGGCAGCUCUGAGGGAGGAAGAGGAGCAGAAGGGGAAGACUAUGAGCAGAGAGAUGAAGAUGAUUCAGGAGCAGAUCUCCUCUCUGUCAGACAGUAUCUGUGCUGUUGAAGAAGAGCUGCAGAAACACAAGGUGGCGUUCCUCAGCAGUUAUAAAGCCACUCAGACCAGAGCCAGAGCCCAGAGCUCACUGUCAGAUCCACAGCUGGUCUCAGGAGCUCUGAUAGAUGUGGCCAAACACCUGGGCAACCUGUCCUUCAGAGUCUGGGAGAAGAUGAAGGACAAGGUCCACUUCAGUCCUGUCAUUCUGGACCCAAACACUGCAAACCCCUGGUUCCAUCUGUCUGAAGAUCUGACCAGUGUGAGAUAUGGAGACACAAAGAAGCAGCUCCCUGACAAUCCAGAGAGAUACAGUGAUGGUGCAGAUCUUCUGGGCUCUGAGGGCUUCAGCUCAGGGAAACACAGCUGGGAGGUGGAGGUGGGAGACCAUCCUGUCUGGAAUGUGGGUUUGGCCAAAGAGUCAGUCGACAGGAAGGGAGAAAUAUUUAUUUCACCAGAAUAUGGAAUCUGGUGUUUAUCGCAUAGUGAUGGAAAAUACACUAAUGGUGUUGGUAAGACUGUCACAGUGAAGAAGAGUCUCCAGAGGAUCAGAGUCCAGCUGGACUAUGACAGGGGGGAGGUGUCCUUCUACAACGCUGAAGACAUGACUCACAUCUACACUCACAGAGACACUUUCACUGAGAAACUCUUCCCAUAUUUUGGUAUUGGAAAGGCUGGUGAUGCUAAAACCACUGAUAUCAAAAUCAGUCAAACUGAGAUUUCUCUGUGAUGUUCAGGGAUGUUAGUUUUUUAUGUCAUUCUACACCUGCUUACCUGUCAUUUGUUCUGAUUUGAUGUUGAGGGUCACUAAAAUAUUUAGCUUUCUGUCUCUGUGGUCUGAAAUGAAUUAUCCAAAACUGUGUUCAUGCACCAAACUGCAAACAUGAACAACUCAACAACUGUUUUCAACUGAAAAGUUACUUUUGAGAAACUGUUAAAACUACUAUAUAUAUACUGUGAGUUCACUAAGAAACAAGGUAAAUAACAGGUAACCCAGAGAAAUAAAACAUCUUCUAAAUACUGAAACUCUUUCACAUCAUUAGAUCAGGUGAUGAACUUUUAUACUGAAACAAAUCAAAGUUGAUUUUUGAAUAAUAACAUAUUAGACUGAUCAACAGAAUUUUCUUUUUACUCAGCGACAUUGUAACAUACACUGUACUAACUCUAUCGGAUACUUUGUGUGAAUCUGUUUUAAUUUGUAUGAUUUUUGAAUGAUUAUCAUUUGUUCUUUUAUUCUUCAAGAGAAUUGAUCUGUUGUUUAGGGUCAAAGAAAUAUUUUUUUCUGUCUCUACUGUCUGAAAUGAAUUAUGUAAAGUGGUUUAUGGAAACUCGCUGCAAAUACAUGAAAAUCAUUUAGUUAUAUUUCUGUUUUCUUUCAUUCAGAUUUAUUCAUGAUGGUAACUCCUGCUGUUGAUUUUCUGUUGAUGCUGCUUUCUCAGCUUUUAAAGAAUAGAUUUAGUUUGUAGGUUUGUGUCACUUCUUAAAAUAAAAAUUAAUAUCCAAGAAAAUGUGACGACAAAAUCCUGAAACAGUUUCACAUCAUCAGGAGACAAAGUUUACAAAUCAAAGCUGUUCAUUAUCCUAUUUUCUAUACAAACAUCUGCUAAACAGUCACGUGACAAAACUCAGUACAAAUUCCAACUCAUAUAAAUCACACAAAACUAUUUUAUAGGACGUUCAGAUUCAGUUGAAGUUUAAAGAAAUAAUCUAAAGUAAAUAACGUUUUCAGGAACAACGUGUUCACGCGUGCAUCAUGUUGUCAACAUUACUGACUAUAUCCAUACAGUAUGUGGACGUAUGGACACAUGUUUCUUCCUGUGAGCGUCACAAGAUGGAGACAAAGUUCACAUUUUGUUCACAGUCUGGUCGAUUGUGUCUGUGUUUGAUUUUAAUGUGAAAGUUGUCUGGACUCUUAGAAGAAUUACUGGUAUAAAAGAAGCAAAUGAUGAUUUAAAUAAACAGAGAGAAGAACAACCUGUCAGGAUUUUUGUUAACUAAGGAGAAAGAGGGGGUCAGACUGAGAGUCACCUCUGCUGCUAGAAUCUGCUGCAACUGUGGGAUUCCUUUUGUUAUCCAGCAGUCUGCUGAUCUUCUGGGAUUCACCACCAUUAAAACCCGACACAGCUGUUUUAUUUGAAGUUCAUGCCUGUAACAUUUAAUCUAUCUGGAUGAAAUAUGUUCAGAAUAUGUUUCCUGGUUUGGUCGCUGAGAAAUAAAAUGUUGUUAAACGGG